GUUUUUGCUGAACUUUGACCAUCUCAUAAAGGGCUCAGGUAUGGUGGGAUACUUCCCAAAGUGCGAGGUUGCCCCCCUUAUGUUAUUAUCCCGCGCUCGAGUAAAUCCCAAAAUCCUCGCUUUGUCUCCCCUUCUACUAGGUACUGCAACACCUAGUAGAUGGGGAGACAUACUCCGACUACUGCAACCUCUUUUUGUAAAAGGUUCAAUGACAAUAAUUAAAAAAAUAAACGUCUAAAAAUAAAAAAAUGUCCCCCCACUGACUAACCGUUUCUAACACAUAAAAUAUAGAAUUCUUACAAAAAAAAUCUAUUUUAUUAAAGUUCUGCUUAUUAUUAUAACAUAUUGAUAAAACACAGCAAACAUGGGAACUGUGUUGGUGCGGACUUAAUAACAACAGUUGAUUUACGUGAACUGCCAUAAGUUCGGUUCCCUAAUGCUUUUCAUACAUGAAUGAUAGUAAAAUAGAUGAACUGAAGAUAGCCAUGGAGGAAGACGGCGACCAGGCAAGAAGGCCCGUGGAGGAGCCGCACGAGGAGUGGGCGCCAUGGAGCCUGGUGGUGCCAACCAAGAACCUCAACGCACCGCCGCCUGUCACCGUCAGAACUGCUCCUGGACCGGCAUGGGACAUUGCGCAGGUCCUCAAGGCUGCCUGUUUACUAUGCAAGCCACCGGUUCCAGUUGACUUAAAGGAUGAGCAAGAUAUGCGUUGCGUUUAUUCGCUCAUCUACGAUGUCUUCAGAUAUAAAUCCAUACUGAAUCAAGCAAUAGAGGACAUCGAAUUCUUCGGCCAUUUUCCAGAGAUUUCAAAGCAUCGUCACUCGGUAUGGCUCUUUCUCAUGGAGUUGGCUAGACGCCGGUGGGUAGCCAGGCCGAGGAACGAGAUCGAACGCGCCCGUGCCCUCCUGGAAGCAGCCGGGUCGCCUUUCAAGGAUAUUGAGAGCAUCGUGUGGCAGCAGCGCGUACACUUUGCCGCGGCAAUCGCAAGGAUACGCAUCAAGAACAAAGCCUACUCAUUAUCGGAACUUUUGCCUCCUCACCUGCGCGAAGAGCGCAUAUCCGCGUGCGUCAACAAGGAAACUGUCACUGGUUGGGUCAACACAUUUAAGGAAAAGAAAGUCGCUUUGCUGGUGAAGAGGUUGCAAGAACUCGGCUAUUCCUACAGUAACUCGCGUCAGCUAUGCGCAGGAGAGUAUAGGUUCGAUCGCGUAUGUCCCAGAUUUAUCACAUUGCGACCACCACAUAAUGCCGGUAUAGGUCAGCUGGAUCUUGUGAGAGAUGGCGUUAUAGUGUUACAGGAGCGGGAAUUCUGUGAAGGUGCUUCGACCUUGUGUCGAGCUCUCCGCGCGAACUGCCUCCAAGGCGUGGUGGCGCAAAGUCACGCGUCGUCGCCGCGCUGCUCGGCGUACCUAGCGGCGCAGCUGCGGGAGCUCGCCGCCGUGUUGAAGGCCAAGGCACCGCCCGCGCCGGCGACUCCACAACUAGGAAAACUGGUGGUGUUCGGAGCGGGGGAUAAAGUAGAGAGCUACGUAUGCGCUCUCCGAAACUUGGGUAUUGACGCGUCCGAUUUACCCCAUUCCGGAGCCCCGGUCUGUGUGUUGAGCGAGCCGGUGCACUGCGAGACUCCAGCGGUAGCCAACGCUCUGAAUGGAGUAGUCGCAGUUCUGGCAACUCCACCCAACUCCUACUCUGCUGUCACAGACCCUAUAGACUUGGUGUGUGGACGAGGCGGUGACUUAACUAUGCUAGAGAUUCUCACUGAAUCGGAAAUCGACAACAACGGAAAAGCACGUGUGCAGUCGAUAUUAGAAGAACAAAAGAGGACUUUAAAAACUUUAUUAUCAAAACCACAGAUUCAGUUGAUCCUGUAUGAGACACAUUCGGCAUUGGAAGCAGAGAAUCAAGCGCAAGUGACACGGGCGGUCGCUGAAGCUAAUCGACUGGCGAGGGAACGACACGCUCUGAUGAAGAAGAAGCACAGAGACCAUCAUCAUAGUCCAAAGAAGGAAGUGAGUGAGGUAGUCGGCACCGAGUCAUCCGAAUCUUUGGACAAUGUUUUGAAUCGAUCCGAUGACACAGAGAAAGAUGUCGAAGACAACUUGUCAGUGACUAGCUCUUCACCUAAAAGUCGUUCGUCUCCGCCAACCACGACUAGGACAAGGCCCCCUAGCGGAGAAACUGUGCUGAAGAAACAACAAAGCAUGGAUGUCGGUUCUAGACCUGGAACUACCCCCGCCAGGCCCAUUCCUGAGAUGCCAGAAGAAAACAAACAGUUCCCAAGGGACCCUAAUAAAGAUAUCCCAGGAAUUGUUGUGCCAGACUGUGAUUUGUUCGAAAUGACAACGUUGCCAAAUUUAGGAAAUGGUUUAGACAUCAACUACAUUUUAGAUAGAGACGGUUGCUACCUGGGCCUCAUCCAGAGGAAGGAGAUCACCCGGCUAGACGCCAAGUACAUGAUCCGCGUGGCGGAGGAGCGCGGGCUGUUCGGGCAGGGGACCGCAGCACCCGCGCCCGCGCGCCGACGCCGUCCGCCCACUGAAACCGCGCCACGACGAAAAACCAAGAAACACGUAUUCGAGGUGGAGCGCGUAGCGGCGCCUACUUACGCGUCGCUGUGCCGUUCAACACGGCGCGGCAGUGCACCCGCGUGGUUAGAGAGCGAGCGGCCUUCUCCACAACGUGUGUGCAGUCGGCACGCGCGCCGCCAGGCCGCCGCCGCCGCAGUCUGCGCGGCCUCCUGCACCUGCGACGCACACCACAGACGGCAACAGCGGCGUGCCUCAGCGGACACAGGAGCGGGCUCAGGGGCGGAUGCGCCGGUGCGGCCCCCCUCUCCGCCCUGCCGCCGGCCCUUCCCGCUCGUCGUGCACGAACUACGCCUCAAAACAAUCGUCCCCAACUCGAAGAUCUACGCCCUUGCCAAUUACUGAUCUUAUACUUACAACAAAAGAAGUUACCACAAAUUGUUAAAAUUUCUCAAAAGAUUGAGAAUUUUAUAGUGCGAUUCAAACUAAAUAGCGGCUGUGAAGUUAGUCUAAGUCACGUCGCAGUAUAAAAAAUGUAGGAUACUGUCCGGGCGUCGGAUAUCAUAAAACUAAAACCUGCGCAUAGAUGAGCUCGUUGCUAACUUCACAACCGCCAUAAAGUUUGAAUCGUACUAUACACAUAAAGCUAAGUCACAUACCCCCUUAUUAAUAAAUGGAUUUGUUACUCCAUGUUUUGUCUCUGUCCAUUGAGUGACAAAUGACAUUUGAGUGAUAGGAACAAAACACGGUGUAACUAGUCAAAGCUUAUUCCGCGUUUAUUAAUAAGAGGGUCGGAGUUUUCGAUAACUUUAUCUAUGACAAUCUGUACGUACACGCAGCAGCUCUUCAGACUACGGAAACUGCCAAAUAUGUGAUCCAUAAUCAACCUUAGUCAUUGGGUUUAAAGUUCAAGAUAGGUCGCAGAAUUUCGACAUUUCGUAGUAGUUACAAGUUCUUGAGAAAUAUUUUGUGCAAAUAGACAAACACAACACCUAGCGUCUUGCGUGGCUUAACUUUCAAUUGAAACUUAAUUGACAAUUAGAAAAAAAAUGUAAAUAUGUUUUACCCAUUUUUUCAUAUAGUAUACACAGAGUAUUACCACAUUUUGCAUUAAUAAUAAUUGUAGUGUCUUGACUCUUGAGGGUAAAUUAUAAGUCAAAAUUUAAAAGCUAAAAAAUAAAUAUUUGUAUGGACUAUCAAUUUUGUACGGUUAACUAGGUAAAGACACGGCUACACUCGAGAGACAUUAUAUUAAUUUGUGAAUUUAAUUGUUUAAUGUUGAUGCUGACAAUUUUUUUGCGAUAGCAUCGAUUGACAAGCAUUCAUCCAAUGGACACCUCGAGUGCAACUGCGAGACGAGCAAUCCCUUCUAUCGAUGGCCACUACGACUUUUAUAGCGGUAAAGAGUUCCUAUAAUAACACAUUUCUAUGUUGAUGUUUUUGUGGAUAUUUUUAGAUUUAUAUUAAUAACCAUAUAAUAAAAGGAAUCCAAAAACGAUCGCAGUUUAAUUUUUCAGUUAGGUCCAGCUGUAAAGAUAUUUGAUUUUGUAAACUCUAGACCUGAAUAUUUCUGACCGUCUCAAAAAAUGAAUUCUAC